CCAUUUACACGUGAAAUUUGAUUGUUAAAGAAUUUGCUCACAUAAUUGCACUAAACUGAGAUAUUGAAAAUGGGAUCUUCCUUAUGUCUGUUCAGUUUGAAUAAUUGUCAUCUUUACAUGAUUCUUCUAAUAUUUCUGAUGAAGAAAGAAAACGUUGGAGCAACAAAUUCUUCAGAUUCUAAUCUAAAAAGUUCCUAUGAUUUUGGAAAAAACUUUCUCGGACUUGACAAGUGCAACGUCUGCAUAGGGACCUCAGCAUGCAAGAAGUUUCUCAAAGAAGAAAUCAGGUUUCAGAACUGGCUUGCCCCCCAUCUUCAACUUCCAUCUGCUGAUCUUCAGAAUUACUCUGGAAACUAUACUGACGAUGGAGAGAGCUGGAGACCUGUUGAAAUUUCUCGGCUAUCUAGCAAAAUCCAACAUGAAUUGGCCGACAGGAGAAUAUGCAAUUUUUUCCUCAAGAGGAAAACCUGCAGCAUAGAGGGGAUGCUGAGGAGAACAGAGAGGUUCCAGAAGUGGAUGGCUGCAAAACGUCUAACUCCAGAUUUAGUGCAAGGCCUACCUGUUCAAUUCCUUCGCUGCCCCUCCCAACGCCUGUUAGAUAGAAUAAUCCGCCGCUAUGCAGAGGUUUUUGAUGCUGGUAGCGUGUAUAUGACACACCUGACAGACCGUGACAAGCUGAGACUGCUGUACACACUUUCUGUUAAUGUGCAUCCAAUUGUUUUACAGAUUUUCCCUGGAGCAGAGGGAUGGCCUUUCCCAAAGUACUUAGGUUCCUGUGGACGACUGUUUGUGAGUACAAGUACCCAACCACUGACUUCCUUCAACGGUUCUGCUCCUGACAUAGCAGCCGAUCUAGCGUAUCAGCUUGUCCAAAUCAUUCAUUACUUGAGUAACAACGACUUUAAUUAUUUCUUUUAUUUUACCCAUAUUGAUGGUGGUACUUUUGGAACAGUAAGCGAUGGUCGUUUGUUCAUAAGAGAUACUAGCAAGCUUGGCAUUAUCGACAUGCAGCAAGGUGCACUUAUGUUCACACCGCUACAGAGUAACCUCAUCAUUCCAAACAAGAAGAAAAAUACCUGGUGUGGGGCCUUCUAUUUCUAUUUGUAAAAAUGGUAAAAGAAUAAUUCUUUAAAUUCAUAUGUGGAACAUAGCGAAGUCAUUACCAUAUUAGGAAUCUUUAAGUAUUAAUGGGCUGAUUCAGUCCCGUAUGCAGUCCCUAUAUGGUUGAAAUUGACUGUUUACGGGACUGCACAUGCACCAGAGCCCCAGUGCACAUGUAGUACAAUUACAUUGCAACUCCAGUCACAGAGCCCUAGAUUCCACAGUCUGCUUGACUAGCUGAGGCCAUUUAGGGGAGGAGAUGCGGACUGUUUCACAAUACAGAGGCAUGUUGUCUCCAUUUUGUGGGAGUGCCGAGGCCAGUGAUGGAGUCUUUCACUGCAGAUUUACUGGCCUCAGCGGCAGAGAUGUAACGGCCAUUCUGUGUAACUCUAGGGAUAUUCAGAUAGACAAUACUUCGACCAAUGGUGAUCCGACACUGGGUCUUUGGACACAAGCAUCUGAUCUGAGAUGUCGGCAGUAGUAAGAUGGAUCCUACAUCAUUAGCGUAUUUCACGUACAUCUCUGAAUCAGGCACCAAAAUAUCAAGUAUACAAAACCUUCAUAUUCAUAUAAGCUUUGAUCCUGUACCUUUUCUUUGUUUUGGAUUAUGUCUGCUACUCUGGAAGUAUCAUCAUCAAUUUUCUGCCUCUCAUUAAACUGUUGUAUUUUCACA